GUCCUGGUGGUGGUCCUGGUGCUGCACGGCGCCCUGGGCGAAGAGCCCGCCGACACCAGCUCCAGGGGCAGCGGCAGCUUCUCCGUCAUCGGCACCGGGGAGGCGGUGCGGCCCGAGACGGCCGCCCCGGCCGCCCCGGCCCCCGGCGCCCAGAUCAAGAGCAAGGCCCAGUACACGCGAACCGCCAUCCACGUGGCGCGUAGCCUCGACCCCAGCAACGAGGAGACCAUACCGGUUCGCACCAAGACCGGGGACGUCGCCAGCAUCAUCGUGAAGCGUCGCCAGCGCACCGGCGCCGGUAACGGAGUGACGGCCGGGCCGCCGCCCUACCCGGUGCGCAGCGCCGUCGCGGCCAGGCUGGCCAAGGCCGUGCCCGGCGCGUCCAGCAGCGUGCGCGUCCCGGACCCCGUCGACAUCCAGUCCUCCACCGUGCUGGUCAAGCCCGCCGAGGAAGGCAAGGUGCAGCAGAGGGCGCGCUCCAUGGUGCAGGUGGACCUCGACAACGCCCCCGUCAUCGAGGGCGUGAGGGUGCCCGACGACGAGAACGACAAGAAGUACAACUGGCGGGGGGCGAGGGUCAUCAACAACGUCCUGGUGCCCAACAACGGCUCCGCGGGGCUUCCCGCAGAGCCGUUGGUCGGGGCCGGCGACAAGGCCAGGGUCAACCAGCCGCCGUCGCCGCCCGCCGGGCCGCCCGCGCCACCCCGGCUGAGCGCCGGCCCAGUCGACACAGUCGCCGCAGCAGCAGCAGCCGCCCCCAACCUGCCCGAGUCUCUCAAGUUGGACGCCGUCAAGAAGCUGGCAGAGAGCACCGCCCAGUCGCCCUGGAUCCCGACUUCCCCCGACGGCGCCAACGUGGUGACCCCGCCACUCCUCACCCCCCAGGUUCACGGCCUCCAGAGCCGCGCCGAGCAGCAGCGCCGCAUCCUCGAGUACAUCCGCGCCGUCAACCAGCUGGAGGCGGGACGGGCGGCGAGCCGCGGCAGGAUGAUGCGCAACAACGAGCAGUCACCCGCCGAGGCCCGCGCCCUGCAGUACCAGCCCGCCCUGCUGUACUCGGCGCAGAGCACUAACCCGACCAGGGUCGUGUCCUUCGAGGAGGGCGUGCGCACGCCAGUGCUGCAGUACGCGCACCCGGAGCUCGGCGUCCAGCCCGCCAAGGUGGCGCCGCCGGCGCCGCCCGCGCCCGCCAGGAACCAGGACCGCGCCCUCGCCUACUUCGGACAGGACAUCCACGCCGACCGCAGUCCGUUUGCACGCGAGCCGGGCCUAGACCAGCCCGAGGAGCCCGCCAAGCCCACCAGCGCCAAGCGGUCGUCCCCGGAUGCCCAGACCCUCGCCGUCAACGCCGCCAGCACCGCCACCAGCACCGGCCUGUCCAGCCUGCCGCAGCGGCCCAAGAAGGUUCAGCCGAUUGAAGACUCAUACGGCCUGGCGUCCGACAAGUACAUCAAGCGAUUCCCGCACGCCGCGUCCUACAAGGACUACCGCGACUACAAGGACGACUACGGCCACGGGUACCGGUACAACAGCUACCGCGCCGACCCGCACUACAGCAGCUACUCGCCAUCGCCAUUCCUGGAGGACGCACGGCCCUUCUGGGUGCGCCUGUCGGACUCCAUCCAGGACAGCAUGCGCACGGGCAUGGAGCGGAUGAGCGACCUGGCCCGGCCCGUCGUCGACCCCCUGGUGGAGGCGUCGGCCAAGAUCUCGCAGAACCUCGGCUUCACCUCGGGCGGCGCGAACGGCGUCGGCGGGGCGACGCGCGGCGCCCACGGCGCACAGGACCGCCUCGGCAGCGUCGGCGCCGCCGUCGCGACGCCCUCCAUGCUGCUGCCCGCCCUGGGGCUCGUCGCCGGGGGAGCAGCGCUAGGACUGGGUGCCGUCGCCGUCGGCCGUUACCUGGACGUGGACGUCAUGGCCAAGCGGAGCGAGGCCAGCGAUGAGGACGACGAGGAUGCCCUGGAGAUGGAGCACAAGCGCGCGCUCAACGCCCUGCGCGCCGGACAGCAGCGAUACCUCGACGCUAGCCACACGGACGGACUUGACGGACGCCAGGUGACAGACGCCGAGGUCGUGGCGCAGGUGAUUGACGUCGUCAACAAGCAGCAGCACAAACAGCAGCAGCAGCAGCAUCACCACCAACACCAGCACCAGCAGGCCCACUCGAGGACGAGGAGAGACAGCUCAGCCAACACGCUGGACUCGUUCGAGCUGGCAGAGGAGCGCCGGCAGCUGGCGCUGCGCGCGGCCCAGCUGGGGGCGCCCACGGCCGUCUGGGGAUCCACGCCCUGCGCGCAGAGGGUGUUCUGCGACGUGCUGAGCAGGGAGGGUCCAGAUUCGGCGCUGCUCAUGGAGAAGAAGAUGGCGACCCUGCUUGCCAUGCUGCCCAGGGUCGCGCCCGAGGCCGCCGCCGUGCACCUGUCCGCCGUCAUGGGCGCCGUCAGACGCGGGGACUGCUCCGUGUUCGUGUGCCCCCUGACGAGCGCGCCCCGGCGGUGAGCUCCUCGAGGAGGAGCCCUAACGUCGGCUCUUCGUCCCUGCUAGGACUACCAAAGAUUACAGGCAGCGCCCUGACUCCAGGGUCCUAGAGCCUGGAGCACGCCGAGGGAGGAAGACAGAAGACGUACAGCUGGUGUUCUUCGCCUGGCUCCCUCUCGUCCGAUUGCCUGACAGCCGAGGACCCGCGCGAAACAUGGCUUUUCCGCGCUUGUCCGGCUGCGGGCGGGGCAUCGU